AUGCUUUCCAUAUUGCCUCUUCUGCUUUUGGGAGGCCUCCUCCCGGCCGUCAACGGUCAGAACUCCGAUAAGGAGGUGCUGGCGCAUUUUGCAACCACGGGAUGGUGUUACGUUUAUGUCGACGGUGGACCCCUUGACAAGUCUGUUCAACCGUGCAAGACAUGGUGCCCCGAGCAUGAGGACAACGAGGGGAUGGGUUGCCGCACGCCCGUGACGAACUGGGACGACGUAGACCCAACACUCUUCGGCCACGACGACGACGGUAACAAAUACUUCCCGGGCGACUGUCUCUGCGGAAACCCCCAGGACUAUCUACCUCUUAUCGAGCCGGUGCUGGAGGGCCUUUCGCGCUUGGACAACAUUAUCUGCGCUGUCUUCUUGUCGAGUCUCGAGACGAUUGCCGAGAUCGGUAUCAAUGCUGUGCCUGGCGGUCAAGCGAUCAAUGGUGUCAGAAGGGCCGUCGAGGGCGCCAAAACCUUCGUCGAUAAUUCGUUGGACGCGGCCUCUUUCUUCGAUAACUGGGUCGGAGAGGCAUGUGACGUCCCCGACUGGAACUUCGACCUGAUGGGUUCGAUUUUCGGCAAAUUGAACGAUGCCACGGAUGACAUGGGAACCAGCAAGGGGUGCUUCCAGAAGAAGAAGAGUCUUUGCAAGGAGAGACGCAGCAAUCCCAAGAAGGACGACAAGAAGGACGACAAGAAGGAUGAUGAUAAGAAGGAUGACGACAAGUGCAAGCGCGACGACAAGGAUUGCAAGAAGACCACGGAGGCUGCUCCCACCUCUACUAAAGACAGCAACAGUACCACUAAGAAGGAUGAGAGCACCACCACGUCCUCUACUUCGACCAAAGACGACACCAGCAGCACCAGCACCACUUCGAAGAAGACCCGUCGCCCUAAAACCAGGACGACGCCGUCUCUUCCAGUGGCCCCUACGUCUACCCCAGCCAUCUACAAUCCCACGCCGACUCCCGAUGCCACUCCUUCAUCAGCUCCGGUCAUUCCCCGGGCAUUCUAG